AUGAGUGAACUUCAGGUAAUCUACUCGAUGAAGAUCAUGGAGAAUUCGGACCCCAAGCAACAUUUAUGCGUCCAUGCAACAGACCGAGACCAGGGCGAUAAUGCCAACAUCUCCUACUCGAUUACAAGAGGUGAGCGAGUGGGCUCACCAGUCCUCAUAAUAUCCGCUUCGGACCCUGAUGGCUCUGGCAAUCACACAUUUUCGAUCGAUAACGAGACAACCACACCGUUUUCUAUCGAUCCACACACCGGACAAAUCUACCUUCGACAGCCGCUGGACCGGGAAAAGGCCAAUCAGACGCUUGGGAGAGUAUUGGCCAAAGAUGCAGAUGAAGGCGAGAAUGGCAUUGUACACUACCGUGUUCACCGUGAUGUACCGUACACUUCAAUCGAUACUGUCACUGGUGAAUUGAAACUGUUAGCACUACCAGAAAAAGGUAUUACCAAGAUUACUGUAACGGCUCAAGACAAUGGCGUGCCAGCAAUGUUCUCGUCAGUGCAUGUGGUUCUGGUGCGGGCUACGGAGCAUCAAGGUACCUGUGAAUUGGCCGUGAAUAAGGAUACCCGUAUAGGAACGAAGCUCGGAAACAUUGAAGAGUACUGUACUUUUAUGACUGGAAGAAAGGCAAUACGGAGAUUCUUCUCGGAUGAAUCGCUCUUAACGAUUAACUCAGAAGGAGAAGUUAUUACCAGUGGAGAGGUUCACAAGGAUGCUGACGUGAGACUUAUUUGUGAACUGGAGGAUGGCGAGGCAACCGUACACCCCGUACGAUUGGAAUUGAGCCAGGGAAACGCCAAUUCGCCGCAUUUCGAGAGUAAAAUUUUCCGUUUUGCUGUCCCAGAAGAUGCGGAAUAUGGUGACGCGGUGGGCGUAACCUAUGCAAAGGAUUCUGAUGCGGGUCUCGCAGGGAAACUACGCUACCAUAUCGACGCACCUGAUUUGCCGUUUCAUAUACUUUCGAAUGGGACUCUAGUAGUCUCUGGACCCUUGGACUAUGAAGCUCAGCGACGAUACGUCUUCAACGUGACUGCCACAGAUCAGGGACAGCCACCGCGGAACGCUACUACCCAAGUCGUGAUUGACCUUCUGGACAUUGACGACAAUCCACCGGUUAUCGAAAGCGCUGAGCUAACUUACGCGGUAACAACUAUUGACGAGACGAUUUGCCCCAGCGUCAUGGACGUCGACACUCCACUAAACGAUCUUCAAUACUUCGUCUCAACACCUCUGGAUACGAUCACUACCGACAACUGCAUUUCCAUCCCCAGCGAUGUUCCACCAGUUAUUGAUUGGACAGUCAGCGAUAAGAGCCAAUCGAUAACGGUCAAAGUCGUAUUGAUCGACAUGAUACCGAAGGACACGAACAUUCAAGACGAGAACGUGACGAUAAGCGAAAGUGCUAUGGCUGGAACUAUCGUGUCAUCAUAUGCGACGGAAAUCUUUGCUGAGAGGAAUGAUCAAUUAUCGAUUGAUGCGAAAGACGUUAGAGUGACCGGUGAUAGAGGAACCAGCGAUAAUCAGAUGAUAAUAUAUGCAAAAUCCAAAGUUUGGACGAGUUCUGAGAAGAGAGUAGGGUCAGAGGGCGUGGCUGUGUGCGGUCGCGUAGCGGUGUUCGGCGUAUUUGUAGGGUCAGAGGGCGUGGCUGUGUGCGGUCGCGUAGCGGUGUUCGGCGUAUUUAACCUGUGUUUGCCAUCUGAUUGUUCCAAGCUGCAAGUGGCCGCUUCACAAAUUGCCCCAGCGCCAGUGUUCUCGAAUACCGCUUACGCUUUCAACAUCUCCGAAAACACGCCCAUCGAUACCGUAAUCCACGACUUUUCUAUGUCCGUACCAACCGAUUGUCUUCUAGCAAUCGUCGACGGUGAUUCAGAAAAGGUUAGAUAG